GCUCCCCCAGCCACCACCAUGUCUCGGGGCUCCUCUGCUACCUCUGUGGAUGACAAGACCUUGCUCCUGGAGUACCGAUGCCACCCAGUGCGACCAGAACCGCCCAGCCCGACGUGUUCCUCUGGGAAGCUCAGCCCCACCACGGCUCCCAGUGCCACCCCAGUGUCCCCCCUGGGCUCCCCCACCUCGGCCGAGCCCCGCCGCAUCGUCCUGAGCACGCACAGCCCCGCCGCGCUCAAGGUGGGCACGCAGCAGCUCAUCCCCAAGAGCUUGGCCGUGUCCUCCAAGCCCAAGAACAGCCCCUCCAGGCCCCAGAGCUCUGGGGGGAGCCGGGAGCCCCUGAGCCCUGACCCGAAGCGGGCGGCCGUCCCCGUGCUGGCCCUGCAGGUGGAGGGUGAGGAUGAUGGCGGAGGGGCCCUCAAGCGCAACCUGAGGAACAUGUCCUACCGCGCGGCCAUGAAGGGGCUGGGGGCUGACAUGGAGCCGGCCAAGGCCCCACCAUCACUGAAACCCGUGUCUGAGGAAGGCAGCACCCUGCCUGACCGCAGCCCCGGCAGGAGCAAGAAAACCCUCGGGCGGAAGCGGGUGCAGAAGCGUGGUGGCUCCUUCAAGGACCAGCCCCAGCUGUACCAGGAGAUCCGUGAGAGAGGCCUGAACUCUGUCAGCCAUGAGUCAGACGAGGACUUGCUGGAGGAGGCCCUGCCAGAGGAGCCGUCCCCGCUGGGUGCUGCCAUCGUGGUGCAGAGCUACCGCCCGGCCCAGGUGACAUGGAGCCAGCUCCCAGAGGUCCUGGAGUCGGGCAUCCUGCAGAGGAUCUCCCCCGAGGAGCGCAAGAGGCAGGAGGCAAUGUUUGAGAUCAUCACUUCUGAGUACUCCUACAUGCACAGCCUGAACAUCCUGGUGAGCCACUUCAUGAGGUCAGAGGAGCUGAAGGAGACCAUGACUCAGACAGAGCACCACCACCUCUUCUCCAACAUUGGGGACAUCCUGACAGUCAGCAAAAGCUUCUUUGAGGACCUGGAGAAGCGGCACCAGGAGCACCUCCUGAUCCCUGACAUCAGCGACAUCGUGGAGGAGCACGCCUCGAAACACUUCAACCCCUACGUCCACUACUGCUCCAAUGAGGUCUAUCAGCAGAGGACACUGGAUAAGCUGCUAACCACAAACCCCUUAUUUAAAGAGACCCUGAAACAAAUUGAAAGGAAGCCAGAGUGUGGAGGCCUGCCAAUGAUCUCAUUUCUCAUUCUGCCCAUGCAGAGGGUAACACGGCUUCCUCUGCUCUUAGAUACCGUGCAGCAAAAAACAAACGCGCGCACCGCAGCGUACGGAGCUGCCACCCGCGCUGUGAAGGCCAUCAGCAAGCUGGUCAAGAGCUGCAAUGACGGAGCUCGGGCUAUGGAGAGGACAGAGCAGAUGUACACCUUGCAGAAACAGCUGGAAUUUGGGAAGAAGAAGCCUUUCCCUCUGAUCUCGGUGUCCCGGUGGCUGCUGAAGCGGGGGGAGCUGCACCUGCUGCUGUCGGAGGAGGCUGGAAUCUUCCGCCGCGGCGCCGGCCGCCUCUGCCACCUCUUCCUCUUCAACGACGUCCUCAUCAUCACCAAGAAGAAGAGUGAGGAGAGCUACACGGUCAUGAACUACGCCACGCUGGACCAGGUCACCGUGGAGAAGGUGGAGAGCUCAGAGCCACCCUCCCCUCCUCCUGGCAGGGCUGGUGGGCACCUGCUGCGAGUGGUGCUGGAGAAGGACAGCGAGGGACGGCGGGAGGAGGUGGUGCUGUCAGCAGAGACACUGAGUGACCGGGCCAGGUGGAUUGCAGCUCUGAUGCACAGGGAGAAGGAGCAGCCUGACCAAAUACCCAAAGGAGACCUGAGCCAGGUGGAGAUCACCCGUGCCUACCUGGCCAAGGAGGCGGAUGAGCUGUCCCUGCAGCAGGCAGAUGUUGUCCUGGUGCUGGGGGAAGAGGAUGGCUGGUGCUGGGGGGAGCGUUUGCGGGACGGGGAGCGGGGCUGGUUCCCCCAGGCCUGUGCCAGGCCCAUCACCAGCCGCGAGGCCGCCGAGGGCAACGUGCGGCGCAUGGAGCGGCUGCGCAUCGAGACCAACGUGUAG